AUGGCACGAAAGAACACACCCAAAGGGAAGCGUGGCGGGGGGCCGCCUGCCGGUCGCUCUCGAGGCGGAGGAGGAAGAGGACGAGGAGGCGGACGAGGUGGUGGCGGCGUCGGCGGCCCAAAUGCCGGGCUCGAUAUCCUAGCCUCUUUCCGUCCCAUCUCUCCCUUCUUGAGGUCGGGAGCCCCUGGUCACUCUCUCGCUGAUGAGGCGAGAAAUACCUCCAAGCGGCCUCGCGCCUUUGGCAAUUUGGAUGGCAGGCUGCGACACAAGCCCGUGACCUUUGUCAGCGCUGGUCUGAUGCAUCCUCUGAAGGAGCUGGAGGUCCAGCCAGAGGCAACGGAAAACGAGCCGGUCAAACCAGCACCGGUGCCCGCGGAGGAGGAGGUCGUGGUCGAUCCCGAGGCUGUCCCUCCUGAGGCCACUCACGUACCCGCGGAGGAGGAAAUGCCUGCGGCUGUACAAGUGACAGAGCCACCCGCCUCAGCAGCCCAGCCAUUUGUCGUGGACACAGCUGGAGACAAGGCACUACGGCCUGGGAAGCAGCAGCCCGUUAUUGUCCCUGAUCACGACUCGGACAUGGAGAGCGACUCAAGCGACGAGGUCAUCCUAUUCAAGGGUCGCGACCCUGCUCUGCGGCAGGCAGUACAGUCACAGUCGCAGUCCAGAGCACCGUCCACCCCUGGGAAUUAUACCGAUUCGAUACAGCUUCGCGAAAUGGAUGUGGAGAUCAAGGUAGUUGAGAAGAGUAUCGAGCUUGAGCAGCGGCCUGUCGUAGAGGAGUCGAUGCAUCGACCGAGUGAGCGACUGUUAGCCGAGGAGGCAACCGCCGCUGCUGAUAUGGCCACGCCUCGAGACAACGAGCCUUCCCGCUUGGAUGUGCUCUUGGAUAACACCCACUCAGAUGAAGAGGCUGCACUUAUUGCCGACUACAUCGCAAACAUGGACAGCGACGAGGCAGGUGAGGAUGGGGACGAGUCAGACAACCACCCGGGGCUCGGCUCACAUGCCUUCCAUCUGCUCAGAGAUAUUGGGGGCACCGAUAGCGACGCUGUUCCCGAGGACAGUUCAGAAGACGAGAGCGGCGAAGAGAAGUCGGACGAAGGGGAAGACGAGGAACCCGAAUCGGCUGAAGCCCAACGACGCCGAAUGGAGCUCGAGGACGAACGUAUGGCACGUCUGCUAGCAAAACAGCAGGAGCUCGGCUUUGGCGGCGACGACCUCAUGUUGUACGACGACGUGGGCGAGGAUGACGACCAGGGCGAGUGGCAGAUAGCCCCGAGGGCGACGCCCCGUCGCAAGAAGAAGGGGGCGUCCAAGAAGGCCAAGAUCGUGCAAAAGAAGGGCCAAUACCCAAGCGCGACCGCCAUGGCCGAGGCCUUCGAUGACUUGGACCUCAUGGACUGGCACCGGGCCGCGCUCGACACUUUCAACCAGGCCGCCAAGCGUGCAUCUACAUUCACGCAUGACGAUUCUGACCUGGAGGAAGCAAUGAACUUAUCUUUCCAGAAGGACCGCCUCAAAAAGGCCGAGAAAAAGAAGCAGCGGGAGGCCCUUCGCGCUCAGGGACUGCUUGGAAAGAACGUCAAUCCUAAUGACCUUCGUGUCAAGUACCCGGUAGGAAUGUCCAAGGACGACAUGGCGUUCGAGCUGGAACAGUUCCUCGUUGGCACAGUCGAACAGAUUGCCUUCCCACCGCUUGACAAACAUGCGCGCAAGCUGCUUCACACUGUCGCAAGCCACCUCAAAAUCAAGUCGCAGUCCUCUGGUUCUGGCGAUAGCCGACAUCCGGUCCUGUUCCGCACCGCACGCACCGUCUCCUACGACGAAGGGCAACUCGACGCCAUCGUCAACCGCGUCCUCAAGCGAUCCUUCUUCACGCGUGUCGACGUCGACACCGAGACGGCCAAGGCAUACCGGUCUGGCCCGCGCAAGAGCAGCAACCUGCCCCGAGCCCACAAUGCUAUCAGCUACCGUGAAGGCGAGGUCGUGGGCCACCAUGCCUCUGAGCUCUCGUCGGAGAACAAGGGCCGGCUCCUGCUCGAGAAGAUGGGUUGGACCAAGGGCCAGGCGCUGGGGACGGAGGAGAACAAGGGUAUUAUGGUGCCUGUCGCCCAUGUGAUGAAGAGGAGCAAGGUUGGCCUGGGCGACGUGAAGUAG